AUGAUUCAUCUUCCACCAGAACUCAUUGACUCUAUCGUCGACAACAUCGCUAAAGAGGACAGGGCGACACUCAAAUCCCUCUGCCUUGUUGCGUCUGUCUUCCUCGUGGCCUGUCAAAGACGGCUGCACACAAACCUCUACGUCUCUUCAAGUUCUUCGAAACGGCCACCUACCGGAUCUGGAUGGCGCAGCUCUUCCGAUGCUCUUGCGCACCUCACCAGUUCUCCCCAUAUCGCCGCAUAUAUCACGCAUCUCACCAUUCUAAUCACCAAUGUGGACCUUGACGAUGAAGAGAUGGCACUGGCGAUGAGAGAUACAACUGUGGCAUCUGUCUUCCGGUGUCUGUCACGGCUGAAGGAGGCGCGCAUACAGGGCUCCGCCAUAUAUAGAGGCAAUUCCACUAGGAUACGGGUGGUUCACCCGGGUAUCAUUCAGACUUUCCUCGACAUAUAUACCAGUCAUCGACAGCUUGAACGCACACGCAAAUUGAAAGGUCUCUCCUUCAAGUUGAUGGAUGUGGAGGGCUUAUCUGUAGAACUUGUGCGCAAAGCACUUGUUUCUGCUGACUCUCUCAGCUGCGUUCGCGUUCGGCUCUCGCUCGAUUCAGAUUCGGAAUCGGAGCACAAUGGUUCCGACGUCGACAACGACAACGACAAUUCCCACUCACCUCCACCCACAUCACUCACCAUAUCGUCGAGUUGGAUGGUUCUUGACCUUUUCUCUCAUUUGGAAUUUGCACGCCAUUUCAGCUUCCUCCGCCAUCUGACACUACAGAAUAUAGCAACUCAAAAUCACCUCGAGAUAUGUUUCUUCGCUGCGCAAACGUUGGAGACACUUCAUCUGUCUUUCCAGUAUCGGCUUCUACGGGAUACCCUUACCUUUCCUGUGGACUUCCCACGUCUGCACCGUGUCCACCUAUAUAUCGGAAUGUUUUUCGAGGAUGGGGAGGAGCGCGUCCCGUCUUCCUCCAUCGCUCUCCUCUCUCGUGCGACCGCGCUCACGGAACUCACUUUGCAGUUCACCGAUUACCUUGGGAUGCCCAGCCAACUAAUCUUCGAUCCCGUGUCCUUCGCCACCCUCGACAGCAUGCUUGUUGUGCAUCCGACUUUGAGCCUGUUCUGCUACACCGUUAGUAACGUGGCCGAAGAUCCAGCUGAAUAUAUCGACACACUUGGUGGGAAGAUACGGCAGUUGAUGCCCCGGGCAGCGGAGAAGGGCAUCUUGCGGGUAGAGCACGCAACUUCGUGA